CUGACGUCUCUAUGCUGCUCACUCCAAGACCAUGUCGCUGCCCAGCUUUGAUAUCAGGAACCGUCAGCAGGCCAAUGACUCUGAGCAUGAUGGCGAGGAUGAAGACAAUGGUCUCAUCGCAAGGUCCACAGCUCGAAGUCGCCAGCGAGGCGCAGCAGCCGCCCCCUCAUCGACCUGGCAAGGUGCUCUGGGUCUCCAUCCCCGCGUCUCGGUGCUCAGCCUCUGUGCACUGCUGAUACACUUUUCAUCCUCAAUUCUCUUUCUGGUAUUUCUGAACUCACUCCAGCCAUUCUACAUUGCCCAGCUCCAAGACACGCCUUCACGCGGCAGCAGUGAUGAGCUCCCCUCUCUGCGCAUCGGGCUCCUCACCGGCAAGCUGGCAUUCUCCGAUGAGCUCGCCAGCAUAUUCCUCGUGCUUCUCUGGGGCGCCCUGAGUGAUCGAUUGGGGAUACAUAUAGUUGCUUCUGUGGGUUACUGUCUCAUUUCGCUGGGACUGGUCAGCUAUGCCCUCGCCAGGAAACCUUGGCCUGACUUGCUAUGGGCCAGAUUGAUCUUUGCCGGCGGGGGAAGCGCGGUCACUGCGAUGCUCACGGCGAGUCUGGCGACGUUCUCAAGCGGCGACUCGGGUCCGACUGAUGCUUCGAACAGGGUAACAGGCGCCCCAUCGGACGACGAGGCAGACGCUCCUCGCUCAGCCUCUCAAUCGCAGCAGGCAACCGAGGCUACACCCCUGCUGGAUCCUAGCAAUGGGACUUUGGCUCCUCCUUCCACCAAGCCGAGGCACGGUCGUUUGGCCUCCCUCGCUGGGCUCUUCACCGGCCUAGGCGCAAUUGUUGCCGUCUUUCUUCUGCUUCCCCUGCCCGUCCGUCUUGCCUCUCUGCACGAAGCCGAGCGUGACGGGAGCGGCACAGGAGGUCCAGACGACCCCUUUGUGCAGCAAGGUACCCGUGAGGCCUUUCUGAUCGUCGCCUGCCUGGCCCUCUUCUCUGCCGCCUCUGUGGCUGUUGGACUGCGGCACCCUGACAAGGUAGAGAGCAAGAGGAAGAGAGCAGCCAACAGACAGCGCUUGUCCAGGACUACCUCUGGAGAUAGUGUGGCGCAAGAAGACGAUGGACAAGAGGAAGUUUCAGGGACCAGAGAGCCCGGUCAGCUCCCCUCGCGUCUGUCAGCCCGUCAAGCGAGGAGAGAGCGUCUGCGUGACCGUAUGCAGGCUGGUAGAGGAUCGAGCUCGCCUUGGGCUGUACUGCACCGAGGACUUUCCGUCGUUACUGCCACCAUAGUGGAUGUUGGUGCACGAUCCCUGGACGGUUUCAGACUGGCGGGCAGGGACAAGACGGGUCGUGUUGUAUUGGCUUACCUCGGGGGCGCUUUGGCCAGAGGCGUAACGAUUGGCAGCACCGUCUUCCUCCCCCUCCUCAUCUCCCACUACUUCUACACGACCAACCCAGCUCUCUGUCCUCCCCCCUCGACAGGCACAGGCACUCCCUCUCUCCCACCUUCAGAAUUAAAGCGUACCUGCAAACAAGCCUAUACCCUAACCUCUGCCCAGUCAGGCGUACUACAGACUGUCGCUCUGGUCCUUGCACCCUUUGUGGGAUUGGCAAGUGAUGCGCUAGGCGCAGAGACGGUUCUUGGCGCGGGAGCCUUUUUGGGAUUGGGAGCGCUCCUGGUCUAUGGUGUGGGACUGCCAGGAGAGGGAGACCCAAGAGUGCCUAGGGCUUGGAUUGCGGCCUGUAUUCUGGGCGUGACGCAAAUAACCUCCAUCAUAACCUCCCUCUCUCUAAUCGCCUCUCUCAAAUCCUCUUCUACCAACCACUUAAACUCCCCACGCUCAGGCGCCCUAGCAGGAGCCUACUCCUCAAGCGGUGUAAGGUAAGGUGGGGAGGGCCCGACGAUAAAUGGCGAGGGAUAAAAGAGGCAGACAAGUUCACUUCAACGGUCCAAUACUCAGCCAUGCUCAAUGCAGAAUCAAAGCAAAGC